AGUGUUACGAUUUUAUGCACGCCUCUAAUGUAGUCUAUUUUGCAGUUGAAUGGACAAGAAAAGUUUUUUCCAAGUAUAUAAUGAGUAGGUUUCUGUUGUACUGCACAGAGUGAUGCUAAUGAUAACCCUGUGUAUUUUGUUAACGUGAUAGAGAAUGUCCCGAAUGUUCUUUCCUUUAGAUUGCAAUUACCCGUGCGCAUCCCCCCACCCCCCACAUAUAUUACUCACACACACGUAUUUCUUAGCCUGUGUACUUAUUAGACAGAGGACACAUGCGCGCGCUCAUGUGAAACGUAUUGAAACACGUUUGGUAAAAUAGGAGUGAAUGUAUUGCGUCACGUUUAGUUAGUGAUAAAUAUCAAAAUAACGCAAAUGAUUAGAAUUUAUGCACACGCUUUUUGUAAAUCAUGUAAAUGUUGCAUAAAACAAACAAAAUGUUUUAUGGUAGAUUUUGAAAACUAAGGGACAAGUUCUCUGGAUACGUAUAGACGUAUGAACAUACGUAUAGACGUAUGCUCGUAUAUCCCGAUAAGCGGCGAGCAGUCGGACCUUGAAAGCCACUGGAAAUAGACGUGUUAAUCAAGCUCUGCCCUUUUUACCACAACUGAAAUUUUCGUACCGGUAGAACUCACUGAAAUUCAAGUGCACAGUUCGAGCAGAAUGGCCGAAAAACAGACCUUCUUUUAUGAUCCGGAAAAUAACGUCGAGCAAGGAACACAUGGCAGCAAAUGGAAAAGGCAAUAUACGAUAUUGUGCUUUGUUGGAGUUGUCGUGAUGAUUGCCGUAAUUUUUACUAUACCGCUAGUCACCUGUCGUAAUCACAAAACAAGCGAUGAAGAGUUAAAUAAAAAAAAUUAUAAUGAAUGUAAUACGUCUACUCAAAACGACUUUAUCGAAAAUGAGAAGAAUAAAAGUACUGGAGAAAUCGUUUAUGUGAAGCCUAUAAGUGACGAAGAUUUGAAACGAUACGAAGAUAAAGAGUUAAAUAAAAACGACUUUAUCGAAAAUAAGAGGAAUGAAAGUACUGGAGAAAUCGUUUCUGUGAAGCCAAUAAGUGACGAAGAUUUGAAACGAUACGAAGAAGUGUUGGGUGAACUCAAGUCCAUGGGAUGCAAACCCAGGAGCAAACUUUAUAAAGUUUCGGAUCUUCUACCAAAGGACAGCAAAAUCGACGACUUUAUUUACGACCUCCAAUACGUGCCUCUGAAGAAAGUGCCUUCCAGAGUGUAGCUUCUGUCGAGAGACGAGUGCGGAGUGCCUUUCUUCAGCCGAGCAAGUUAUAGGGAUUCCACUGCCUGGCAAGUCAGCUGAUGGCGAAUCUCUGACGUAUCAUCUGGAAGUGACAGAAGACCAGUCCUGUGAAUGCAGGUGAUGCAGUGCGAAAUAUAAAGAUUUUUAUGUUUAAAUUGCCUUUGUGUCAGACUAAAUAAAACAGUAAGAAUU